AUGUCUUUAGAAAAACUUAUAAUUCUUGUCGUUGGCUCUGGUGGUCGUGAGCAUGCCAUCGUCUGGAAAUUAUCUCAAUCACCUAAAGUUGAACAUAUAUUCGUAGCCCCAGGUAAUGGAGGUACUGAAAAAGGGAUUGAUAAAGUGUCUAAUGUUAAUAUUGGUGUCAAUGACUUUGACAAUUUGACACAGUUUGCACUGACAAAUAAUGUUAAUUUGGUCGUACCUGGUCCCGAGCAACCUCUUGUAGAAGGCAUUGAACUAGCGUUUAGGAAGAUUGGGAUUCGUUGUUUUGGUCCAUCUCCAAAAGCUGCUAUCAUGGAAGGUUCCAAAACAUUUUCCAAAAAUUUCAUGAAAAAGCAUAAUAUUCCUACUGCCAAUUAUGAGGCCAAAGAUUUUUUAAAAUUGGUUACUUAUAAUGUAGUCAUAAAGGCUUCAGGUCUAGCUGGAGGCAAAGGCGUCCUAAUCCCUACUAGUAAACAAGAAGCUUUAGAUGCAUUGAAAACAAUAAUGGUUGAUAAAGCAUUUGGAUCUGCUGGCAACGAAGUUGUUAUUGAAGAAUUUCUUGAAGGUCAAGAAUUGAGUGUCUUGACUUUUUCGGAUGGUUACACUUUUGUAUCUCUUCCUCCUGCUCAAGAUCACAAGCGCAUUUUUGAUGGUGAUCAGGGGCCUAAUACUGGUGGAAUGGGUUGUUAUUGUCCUACUCCAAUUGCAACGCCAGAACUUAACGCAAAGAUAAAGAAUACAAUUAUUAAACCUACUAUUGAUGGCAUGAGACGUGAUGGCUUCCCAUUUGUUGGGAUGCUUUUUACUGGACUAAUGAUAACUGCUUCUGGUCCAAAGGUGUUAGAGUAUAACGUACGUUUUGGUGAUCCGGAAACUGAAGUUGCUUUACCACUUUUAAGUGAUGAUUCUGAUUUGGCCGAAAUAAUGCUGGCAUGCGCUGAAGGGCGAUUAGAUUCUGUUCGAAUUAACACAAAACCUAGCUUUGCAGCGGCUGUUGUCAUCGCCUCUGGUGGUUAUCCUGGAAGUUAUCAGAAAGGAAAACAAAUUUUUAUUGAAAAUAUUCCCUCUGAAACGUUGGUUUUUCAUGCGGGAACUAGCAUAAAUGACGGUCAACUUGUUACUUCCGGUGGUCGUGUGCUUGCAGUGACAGGAGAAGGACGCACAUUAAGAGAUGCUGUAAAUAAAGCAUAUGAAUGUAUCAAAGUGAUUCAAUUUGAAAAUAUGGUUUAUCGAAAAGAUAUUGCUCAUCGUGCUUUCUCAUAUUUGUCUCAAAAGCCUGCAGAAAUGACAUACGCAUCUGCUGGUGUUUCAAUUGAUUCCGGAAAUAUGCUCGUCCAAAAAAUCAAAUCAUUGGUGAAGAGCACUUUACGUGACGGUUCUGAUUGUGAAAUAGGUGGAUUUGGUGGCGUUUUCGAUUUGAAAGCUGCAGGGUUCACUGAUCCUAUUUUGGUAGCAACUACCGAUGGUGUAGGAACUAAAUUGAAGAUUGCACAGGCUGUCAACAUCCAUAACACUAUUGGUAUUGAUCUUGUCGCCAUGAAUGUCAAUGAUUUAAUUGUACAGGGUGCUGAACCCCUAUUUUUCCUUGAUUACUAUGCGUGCGGUAAAUUAAAUGUUGAUGUUGCAAAAGACGUAAUAGAAGGUAUUGCAACUGGAUGUUUAGAAUCAAAAUGCGCUUUGAUUGGUGGAGAAACGUCUGAGAUGCCUGGAGUUUACAAUAGCGGUGAUUAUGAUUUAGCAGGAUUUGCAAUUGGGGCGGUAGAACGUGGAACUAUACUCCCACGUAAAUCUGAUAUAAAUGUUGGAGACAUUCUUAUCGGUAUUCCAUCGUCAGGCAUUCAUUCAAAUGGUUUUUCAUUGGUUCGAAAAAUUAUUGAUAAAUAUAACCUUGGAUAUGAAUCAACUUGUCCGUGGAACUCAAAACUCACACUUGGUGAAGAAUUACUUACACCAACAAAAAUUUAUGUCAAGCAAUUGUUACCAUUGAUUAAGAAAGGUCUUGUAAAAGCAAUGGCACAUAUAACGGGUGGAGGUUUUGUGGAUAAUAUACCAAGAGUCUUUCCUGAACACCUCGGAGCUAUUAUAGAUUCAACAUCAUGGAAAAUACCGGAAGUAUUCAAGUGGCUAGCAAAAAAUGGAAAUAUACCAUCUAACGAGUUAUUCCGAACAUUUAAUUGUGGAAUAGGAAUGGUCUUGAUUGUAUCGCCUGAUGAUAAGAUUAAUGCUAUAAAUUUACUUAAACAGUGUGAACCCAGUUUGCUUCAGAACCGAGGGUUUGAUACCAAUAUCUACGCAAUUGGUCAUGUAGUAACAAAAGAGAUGAAUAAUGGAAAACAUGUUGUUAUUAAUGGAAUUACAGAAUUAUUUUGA